AUGAAGAAAUCACAAUUCAAGCUCGGUGGCUACGCUAAGUACGGAGAAUUGAAUGCAAUAAUGAAUCACAUUGUGUGGAAUUCUCCUUCGACUGAAUCAUUCGAGGUUGAUUGGGCUGUUUUCGUCAAACAAUUUAAGUUAGGCCAGAACAGAUGGUUAACAAACCUUUAUGCGAAUCGGCGGAAGUGGGUUCCAAUAUUCUUCAAGAGUGAAUUUUGGGCAGGGAUGAGGAGUACACAGCGUAGUGAAAGUAUGCAUGCAUUUUAUGGUGGAUACCUGCAUUGCAAGAGUGGGUUGGUUCAGUUCAUCCAUGAAUACGAUAAUGUGCUUGAAAACAAUGAGCAAAAGGAGCUGGAAGAUGAUGCUACGAACUCGAAAGGAGUCAUCCCAUGUAUAGGGAGCACGGGCAUUGAGAGACAGUUUCAGCAGGAAUACACCAGUAAUAUGUUCAGGACCCUUCAGCUGGAGGGAGAUACAAUUUCUAUUAAAGUGGACGAGCAUAAGGUAUUCUGGGGGAAGCCUGUCUACCAUACUUUCAUAGUCGAGUUUGACCCUUUGAGUCGAAAGGGUCAGUGCGAGUGCAACAAGUUUGAAUCCGCUUGUAUAUUGUGUUGCCACACCCUUGCGGUGUGGUCAUACUACAGAGUUGACACAGUACCAAGCUGCUAUGUUCUUCCUCGAUGGAGUAAAAAUAUUAUCCGCAAGCACACUUACAUCAAGAGUAGCCAUGACGUGGCUCGGAGUGAUGAAAGCAACAACUUGUUCAGGCAUCUGUGUUCAGAGUUCUAUAACGUUGCUAAAAAAUUUGUUGCUUGUGAUGAGGAAGCAGUCAUCUUGCGAGCUGCCCUUUGGGAUGCAAAGUCCAAGCUGACUGAUUAUUAUGCCAACGUGCAUUCCACUACUGUUGCUGUGACUCAGAAUACCAUGCCCACACAGAGCACAGGCGGUGCUAUUGUACAUGACAUACAAGGACCCUCAAGAGUCAAAACCAAAGGAUGGCCGAAGAGUAAGAGACUUGGAGCAGAGUUGGACAAGUCAAUUAAGAAGUUGUUGCAAAAAAGAAAGGGAAAAUCACAUCCGGAUGAUGUUGACCUUAAGUCAGAUAAUGAUCACCAUGGUUCUGUAAAUAAAAGAUUUGAGGAUUCUACUAUAUAA